AUGGUGGCAGGUCUUUCCUAUUUUCUGGGAAACGAUGGUAACGAUGUGGCGGUGAAAUCUCCGCAUGAACAAGCGACACACGCAAACAGAGAAGAGUUCUUGGCGGAGAUCGAAUUUAUGAAACAGUUGCCCUUCCAUCCGCAUAUUCUCUCGCUUGUCGGCUGCUCGACGAAUCCCGAAUAUCCGUUGAUUGUGACGGGCAUUUGUGAACUCGGCGCUUUACUCUCACUCCUCCGACAAAUGGACCCGGAACACCUGAACUAUGAAGAAUCACCACUCGAGUUCGACGAUCUUGUCCCGAUCGGUUGGCAAAUAAGUGACGCGCUGGUUUUCCUUUCUGCAAAAGAAAUCGUUCAUCGAGAUGUGGCUGCCAGGAAUGUGCUUGUCACAAAAGACAAAACAGCUAAGCUUUCCGAUUUUGGUCUUUGCCGCUUCCAAAAAGAUAUGGUGGCAGGUGUACGUGACGGGAAAUUCCCAAUCAAAUGGAUGGCGCCCGAAGCAAUCGAAUUCGCGGAUUUCUCGCCGGAGUGCGAUGUUUGGUCAUUUGGGGUGUUACUCUACGAGAUGUACAACUACGGGAAAUCUCCGUGGUCUGACGUUGAACCCGCCGAAUUGUUGCCGCUUUUGAAGGAGGGAAAACGGCUGAAAAUCCCAUUCACAGCACCCGAAUUCAUCCUUAAAACGUCAGCGACUUGCUGGGAGGAAAACCCCGAAGAUCGACCUCGAUUCGAAGAUAUUCGAGAGCGUUUUUAUAAAGAAAUGGAGGACCACGCAAAGUUGUACGGCUACUUGGAUGUCUGCAAGCGGUACUAUACACUUCUGGAGCCGACUUCCGAGGCCACUGAGGAUUUCUGGGAGCAUGUGGAAGAUGAGAAGUUC